AUGGACUGGGUACGGCUAGCUUCGGGAAAGAUACUCGCCAAAGCAAGGAUGUCUGUGGACCAUGAAGAGCUAAUGAAACAUAACAAACAGGAUGACUGCUGGGUGCAUAUCUUCGGGCAGGUCUACGAUGUUACUUCAUACUUGGGAUUUCACCCUGGAGGUGUGCCAGAGUUGAUGCGAGCGGCAGGCACUGAUGCCACCGAUCUGUUCAAUCAGUACCAUGCAUGGGUUAAUUAUGAGAAUAUGCUGAAAUCCUGCCUUGUUGGGCGAUUCACAGGAGAACUCUCUAAGUUACCGCAGCCAGGUCCUCCCACGACCGAACAGCCGCAGUCGAUUUCAGCGCAGCUGAAUGCUUUGAUUAUGAAGGGAAAGCAAAAAGACGAGGCAGAAGCAUAUGGAAUAAGUAUUGUCAAGGAUGGGCGGAUGUUAAAAGUUAGUUCCGACAAAUGGCAUGCGUCUAACCUCCACCUAUACAACGUUAUUGUUGAUGUCUGUCGUAGCAAAAGCCGUAUACGACUCGUCGUAAGGGCUGCAGGUCAAUCUGUAUUCGAAGUGAAGUGGGAUGAUGUUGCUCUCAACGAUGAAAGCUGCGUAUAUGAAGUACUCGUGAGAGAUGGAACUAUUCUGAUCACUUUCGAAUCAUUAGACGUUACUGUGGCUCUCGCAUCAGCGAAUCGAUCUAUCAGGCAGUCACCUCUUCUUGCUUAUCACGAAUGUGUUGUCGAAGAGAAACGUCAGAUAUCUCACGACACCCUCCUUUUCAAUCUACGUUUACCGGACGGAUUAUACUUUCCUGUGGCUGUAGGGAGACAUGUAUCUUUCAGAAUCAGAAAAGGAGCGUCGAAGUUAUAUCGUCCUUAUACUCCUGUCACUUGCGGUUCGUUACCAGAUGAUUCUGAAGAGCAUGAUGGGGCUGUGUGUAAAGGAGCUACGGCGAUAACUUUCUUGAUAAAAGUGUACGAAGAUGGAAUUUGUACACCUACUUUGGGAGCGCUCAACGUUGGUAAGUUAUGA